CACGAGUGUGCGUCGCCUCGGUAGAUAUCAGUUGAAUUAUUCGGCUAAAAUGCCCUGGCACGGGCAUACGUAGUCGUCGGUCCGCCAUUACGACGCAGCCGAAGACACGUUCGUCGUAUUUAGUUAAAUAUUUUCGUUUAUAAAUGAGUAAUAACGCUCAUGAACUAAGUAAUCGACUACUGAAUGCGUUGGAUAACAAUUACAAUGUUGUCGACAUGCAUACUGUCCACGAAAUUAUAUCCAUAUUGGAGAGAAUCAAUAUCACAAAAGAGCUGCUGGAGACCACCCGACUGGGUAAACAUGUAAACGAGCUCAGACGGAAGACGACGGACCCGAGCCUCGCGCGCCGAGCCAAGGUGCUGGUCAAGCGGUGGCGGGACCUCGUCAUACCCACCGUUGCAUCGCCCGGACACACAGGUUCAAACCGUUCUUCAGCAGAGCGGCAGGUGCACAGACGUCUCGGCGGCACCCCCCUCACGUCGCCGGCACUCUCCCGGGUACCUAUACAUCAAGUGGUCAGUCCGGCAGUAAAUAGCCCGCGACCGCCGUCCAGACCGGCAUGGGGAGGUUACGAGUCGGACUCGCAGGAUGUGAUCCUGGUGGACGACGAGCCCCCCGCGGCCGCGGCCCCGCCCGCCCCGCCCGCGCCCUCCCUUCUAGCACACACACACAAACCUAGCACGCCACCUGUAAAAAGGCCACCCUCCCCGGAACCAUUGUACGAUGAAAAGAAAGCGAAAAGAGAUAAAAAACCUAAGAAAAAAAGAGGGCACAGUCGCGCUGGCUCGGGCACGGAAGCGACGGGUCCCGUGUCGGUGGGGGGCCCGGUGUUGCCGGCGGGGCCCCCGCUGGGGACCCCCGGGUCGCUGGGCCCCGCGGCCGCCGCGCCCGGCGCCGCCAGCUGGGCGGGCCGCAACGGCACCUCGCACGAGCGCCGCCGGAACGGUACCAAGCGCCAUGCGUUGGAUUCUUACGCUGCGCUGGUCAACCGUAUGCCUCCCGCUGGUGCUAAGAAGGUUAAAACGACAAAGGAGCUGUUGGAACAGAUACAGUCGCGCGGCAGUAAGCAGGCCGCGUCGCCUGGCUCACCGCGCUCCCCCGCCUCGCCUGACGUCAUGCUCAUAGAACCAGACACGUUCGUGAAGGCGGAGUCCCCGCUGCGGAACGGAGGCACGACGCCACGAUUGCCGUCUCCGUCUCCGUGCGCGUCCCCCGCGCCCCCACUGUCCCCGCUGGAGGAGCCGCGCGAGGAGCUGGAGUGCACGUGCGAGGAGGACUCGGAGGACGCGGCGUGCCCGCUGGGCGGCGCGCGGCGCGUGGAGGCGCGGCACGUGCAGGCGCUGCACCACGCGCUGCUGCCCGGCGUGAACGGCACGCGCGCGCCCAGCCUGCCGCAGCGCUUCGCCGUGCGCGCCGCGCCCCAUCCCACGCGCGACGGGCUCUUCGCCAGCGUCGUGCCGCUCUACAAGUACUCCGACUACGCGGACGACUACUGCGUCAAGAACAUGGCGCGCGUGCCGCUCUGCCCGCACCUGCCCUGGACAGAGUUCGCCCCGCCGCCGCCGGACCUGCCCCCGCCGCCGGAGCCCCCGCCGCUCCGGCCUUACCCGCCGAUCGAGCCCGAUCCCCCGGAGCCCGGCGAAGAGGGCGAGCGGGACGAGGCGGACGCCGAACCCGACGUGAAGCGGGAGCCCGACGUGAAACGGGAACCCGAGGAGCGCGCGGAGGUGGAGGCCGAGAUGGUCGGCGUGCCCACCCUGGAGCCGAGCGAGAGACUGAAGGCGCCCCUGCUGUCGCCCGAGGAGGAGUCGCAGCUGGGCGUGGCGGCGCGCUCGGCCUCGGCGGCGGCGGCAACGCAGCAGUUCGCGGCGGCCGCGCCCGUGCACCGCAGCGUGCCGCGCACGAGAGAGGGCUCGCUGCUGGCGGCGGCGGCGGCGGCGGCGGCCGCGGCGCCCUACAGCUACGCGCAGCUGGACGCGGCGCCCGUGCUGGGCCGCGCGGCGCUGGCCAGCGACGCGGCGCUGGCGGCGGCGCUGGCGGGGGCGCCGGCGGAGCGCGACGCGCUGGGUCGGCCGGCGCGGCCGGCGCGCUUCGCGGAGUGGCACGAGAGCGCGCGGCUGGGCGACCUGGUGGCGCUGCCGUACGUGGUGCUCGACUGA